CAUAAUCCUCACAACUAAAUCUAAUUAAGAAAAAAACAGAGUCUGUCUUUGACUUUCCAAAAACAGAGCCUUUUUGUUUUGCCUUAACACACAUCAAUGGCGAUUCCUGUGAUAGAUUUCUCCAAGAUCAAUGGCGAAGAAAGGGAGAAGACACUCUCUGAAAUCGCUAAAGCUUGCGAAGAAUGGGGGUUUUUCCAGCUGGUGAACCAUGGGAUCCCAUUGGAGCUUCUUAACAAGGUGAAGAAGCUGGCCUCAGAUUGCUACAAAACAGAGAGAGAAGAAGCGUUCAAGACCUCAACUCCCGUGAAGCUACUCAACGAGUUGCUUGAGAAAAACUCUGGAGAGAAGCUCGAGAACGUUGACUGGGAAGAUGUCUUCACUCUCUUAGACCACAACCAAAACGAAUGGCCAUCCAACACUUCUGGCCUCAAAGAGACGAUGGUAGAAUACAGAGAAGAAGUGAGGAAGUUAGCGAGCAAGAUGAUGGAAGUGAUGGACGAGAACUUGGGUUUGCCUGAAGGUUACAUAAAGAAAGCUUUUAACGAAGGCAUGGAAGACGGAGAAGAGACGGCUUUCUUUGGAACCAAAGUUAGCCAUUACCCACCUUGUCCUCAUCCAGAGCUUGUCAAUGGCCUUAGGGCUCAUACCGAUGCAGGAGGUGUCGUUUUGUUGUUCCAAGACGAUGAGUACGAUGGCCUUCAAGUGUUGAAAGAUGGAGAGUGGAUCGAUGUUCAGCCGAUGCCUAAUGCUAUUGUUAUCAACACUGGUGAUCAGAUUGAAGUUCUUAGCAACGGAAGGUACAAGAGUGCAUGGCACAGGGUGUUGGCGAGGGAGGAAGGAAACAGGAGGUCCAUUGCUUCCUUCUACAAUCCGUCGUACAAGGCGGCCAUUGGGCCAGCGGCGGAGGAAGGAAGUGAGAAGAAGUAUCCAAAGUUUGUGUUUGGAGAUUAUAUGGAUGUCUAUGCAAACCAGAAGUUCAUGCCUAAGGAGCCUCGUUUUCUUGCUGUGAAGACUCUCUAAAUGUUGUUAAUUGUAUCACUCUUUUAUUCAACGCCAUGAUGUAUUUUCACUUUUAAGUUAUUAAAUGCCAAGUUUAAUAAUUAAUAAUUUGGCAUCCUAUGUUUUCUGGCCUUGUAUUUUUUUUUCUUUUUCAUGUGAUGUAUGAAUCUUUGCUGUCA